AGGUCGUUCCAGGCGACACAUCGGGAUGCAGCACCAGAGGUUCUGCUCAGCCGCGGCUCCAGCUUCGUGUUCUGCGAGAGAGAUGGAGCUUCUCCCGAUUCUCGGCCCAGAAGACCCACCCAGAGAAAACCAGUGGUACUGCCUUGUUCCCCGAGGAGCUGGACCUGGAGUCAGUGUUGGCCACACGUGCACUUACAUGCCUUCACGUGGAGGGAAAGGAAGGAUCGUGAUUGUUGGAGGAGCCAAUCCAAACGGCAGCUUCUCAGACUCCUACGUCAUAAAUCUGGACGGUCACGAAUGGGACAUUCCAGAUUGGCCGGGUCUACAGGCACGCUACGAACACUGCAGCUUUGUACCUGAGAGCGACCCAGAGAGUCUUUGGGUCUUCGCUGGCGCUGAACAGAGCGGAAACCGCAACUGCAUUCAGGUCUUACACACCGCGGACAGUGGACCCUGGAAGACGGUGGAAGUGAAAGGGCAGCCACCCAAGCCCAGGACGUACCACACCAACUCAGCCUGCGUUGGAGACAGACUGUUUGUCUUCUCUGGUGGAGAGGCAGGGGCCACACCUGUCACUGACCCCCAGGUGCACAUCUUUGACACAGUUACUUCUACAUGGUCACAGCCAGAGAUCAAAGGAAAGCCUCCUUCUCCACGACACGGACAUGUGAUCAUAGCAGCGGGAACCAAAAUCCAUGUUCAUGGAGGAAUGACGGGAGAAAGGUUCCACACUGACAUGUUCUCUCUGGAUACGGAGAAUAUGAAGUGGGAGCGCGUUAAGGCCAAAGGAGACGUCCCUCCAGGAACGGCGGCCCACUCAGCUGUGGCCUUGGGGAAAAACAUUUAUAUCUUUGGAGGAAUGACGGCGGAGGGAGCCACCAAUUCUAUGUACAAGUUCCAGAGUGACAAACAGCGCUGGACUCUGAUGACGUUUGAAGGCGACCUUCCGCCUGACCGGCUGGACCACUCGAUGUGCGUGGUGCCUUGGUCAGAGCGGACAGACGCUGGUGGAGAGAAAAAAGCCGAACGCUCUGAAGGAGAAAUGAAGCAUCUCUGCUUUGUGUUUGGAGGAAUGGAUACUCAGGGAGUGAUAUUUAAUGACUGUCUAGUCACUGUAAUAACAUGAUCACUGUACAUACUUUGUUUUUUAAAUAAAUAACCAAAGCGUUUCUGAAGUUCA